AGUUUGAAAUUUGACUAGCGUGGUACACGCCUUACAGCAGCACGGCCACAGCCACAGGCUGACGUCGUUUGCUGAUCGCUCUAUGCGAACGGCUACAUGUCAAAUUUCAAUUCAAGUGCCGUGCAGUAAGCAAGUAUUUUCGGUUAUCUAGACUUCAGUUUGACGGACUCACAAUGUUGGCGUUAAUCAAUCGGAUCCUUGACUGGUUCAAGUCUUUAUUCUGGAAGGAAGAAAUGGAACUCACGCUGGUUGGACUACAGUACAGUGGGAAGACUACCUUCGUUAAUGUCAUAGCGUCUGGUCAGUUCAGCCAGGACAUGAUACCCACUGUGGGUUUUAACAUGCGUAAAAUAACCAAGGGUAAUGUCACUAUUAAAGUUUGGGAUAUCGGAGGCCAACCAAGGUUUAGAUCAAUGUGGGAACGGUACUGUAGAGGAGUUAAUGCCAUUGUCUAUAUGGUGGAUGCUGCCGAUUCUGAGAAAAUUGAAGCUAGCCGUAAUGAGCUUCACAGUCUUUUGGACAAACCUCAGUUAACUGGCAUUCCUGUAUUGGUGCUUGGUAAUAAAAGGGAUUUGCCACAUGCAUUAGAUGAAAAUGGGCUUAUAGAAAGAAUGAACUUGUCUGCUAUCCAGGAUCGCGAGAUAUGCUGUUACAGCAUUUCAUGCAAAGAAAAAGACAAUAUCGAUAUAACAUUACAAUGGCUUAUAGCACACUCUAAAAGUGGUGUUCGCUAAUGUGCAACUAAACAUGCCGUUUACAAUAUAGGAGCCCAAGACACCAAUGAACGGAAUUGGGAUCAAAUGUUAAUUGGGAGGGAUGAAGCGUUCGGUAGAUUGUUUUGAAAUCAAGUCAUUAUCGUAGCAUAUUUCUUAACUGUAAGCUUCAGCCAAUUGAAGUUCGAUGAUUUGAAGAAUGGCAAAUUAAAGGUAUGCUUAUGCAAGAACGCUCGGUGAAUUAUAGUCAUCUACGAAAAAUCUUAAGGGCGUAUAGCUUUAAGAGAAAUUUUUAUAUUUUCGUUUUGAAAACCGUCUAGAUUUAUCUGCUUUUACUUUAAAUUUAUUUAACGUAAUAAAACUUAGGAGAUAUGAUAAAUUUAAUGGUAUUUGAUACGAUAUGAUGCGGUAUGGCAACCGGCGCAAAGGCAAAGUUCUCAAAGUUAUGAAAAUUCACAAUUAGAUACUAUGAUCAAUCAAGUCUUAUAUGUACACCCCAACGUAUUUUAGUCAGUGCGUAAAUAAUUUAGAAUGACUAACAACCUUCAACAUAUUUAUUAUGAUUCGUAAAAUAUCGUAUGACCGUUGUGUUAUGUAUAUAUAAAGGAAUAAAAUCUGUACUCCAUUUUUAAAUGGAAGCUUGACUACUAAUGUA